CCGAAGUCCCUUCAUAACAAAGUGACCGCCCGGCCAUCAACAACUCCUCGUCGAACCCUUUUGACUGGAACCUCGCACCCAAGGCGACCGUCGCCCACCCUCACAUUACCCCUUUUACCGCGAUGGCCUUGUUUCUCGUCUCGGGUUGGUUGGCCCUGUCGGGGAAGGCGUUUGCCCAGGACACCUUCGAUCCUCUUGCGUACGUCGACCCGUUGAUUGGGGCCAGUAACGGCGGCAAUGUAUUUCCUGGUGCCUCCAUGCCGUACGGUAUGGCCAAGGCCGUUGCCGACACCAACAGCGAGAGCAGGCAGGGCGGCUUCACUAUGGAUGGUGCCCCCGUGACAGGCUUUAGCAUGAUGCACGACAGCGGAACUGGAGGCAGCCCGAGUCUGGGAAACUUUGCCCUCUUCGCGUACACCAACUGCCCCGAAGGGGACAUCAACCAGUGUACCUUUCCCAAGAAGGAGCGCGCUGCCCAUGGGAGCUUUAACAACACCAACGUCUCCGCGAAGCCGGGAACCUUCGGCAUCACGCUGAACAGCGGUGUUAGAGCCGAGAUGACCACAACCCAUCACGCCGCGCUCUUCAGCUUCUCCUUCCCCAGUGUCGGGCCCGACGAGGAACCAGCUCAACCCCUUAUUCUCCAGGAUCUCACAGACCUGGCUGAUUCCAGACAAGACAACGCUACAGUUGCCGUGAACCCUGUGACAGGGCGCAUAACCGGGAGUGCCCGCUUUCUACCGAGCUUUGGCACCGGAACCUUUGUUUUGCAUUUCUGUACCGACUUCUCCGGCGCCGACAUUGUUGACAAUGGCAUCUUCGUCAACAGCCGGGCCAGCAGCGAGGUCCACGACCUGACCAUCUCGAGAUCGAUCAACGGCUACCCACUCCCAGGUGGCGCGUUUGUGAGGUUUAAUUCGGCCGCCGAGCCCAUACUUGUCCGAACUGCUACCAGUUUCAUCAGUUCUCAGCGGGCCUGUGAGCAUGCCGAGCGUGAGAUACCGGACUUUGACUUCACUGCUGUCUCGGAGGCUGCAGCAGACGUGUGGAGGGAAAAGAUGAGCCCCAUCAAGGUGUCGACAGACCAAGUUAACGGCUCGAUGUUGACAAACUUCUACAGCGGCAUCUAUCGGACCAUGAUCAACCCUCAAAAUUACACGGGCGAGAAUCCAGUGUGGUCCAGCAGCGAGCCGUAUUUUGACUCGUUCUACUGUCUAUGGGACCAGUUCCGAUCACAGCUCCCUCUUCUCACCAUUACGGACCCCACCGCUGUUACUGACAUGGUCCGCUCACUCACUGACACCUACCGUCACACGGGGUGGCUCCCCGAUUGCCGUAUGAGCCUGAACAAGGGUUACACUCAGGGCGGAUCUAACGCCGACGUUGUGCUGGCGGAUGCCUACCUUAAAGGCCUGGGAGAAGGCAUCAACUGGGACGAUGGAUAUGCUGCCGUCGUAAAGGAUGCUGAAGUCGAGCCUUACGACUGGUGCUGCGAAGGCCGAGGCGGUCUCGACAGCUGGAAAUCGCUCGGCUAUAUCCCUGUCCAGGACUUCGACUACAAAGGCUUCGGUACCAUGACGAGAAGCGUCUCACGGACGCUCGAGUAUGCCUACAAUGACUAUUGCAUUGCCCAAAUGGCCGCCAGUCUCGGCAAAGUCAGUGACAAGGAGAAGUACAUCGAGUCCAGCGGCAACUGGGAGAAUCUCUUCAAACCAGAUCAAGUCUCAGCCUGGUGGAACGGCACCGAAACCGGCUUUACGGGCUUCUUCCAACCUCGCUACCUCAACCAAACCUGGGGAUUCCAAGACCCCCUGAAUUGCAGCUACCUCGACUCCUCCAGCGUCUGCUCCCUUCAGAACACCGGCCGCGAGACCUUUGAAAGCAGCAUCUGGGAAUACGGUUUCUUCGUCCCGCACGACCAAGCCUCCCUAAUAACCCUCUACGGCGGCCCCGCGGCCUUCGUCUCCCGCCUCAACUACCUGCACGACAGCGCGAUAACCUACAUCGGCAACGAGCCCUCCUUCCUGACCGUCUUCCAAUACCACUACGCCGGCCGCCCCGCCCUCUCCGCGCUGCGCUCCCACUUCUACAUCCCGACCUUCUUCUCCCCGACCCCGGGGGGGCUGCCGGGCAACGACGACAGCGGCGCGAUGGGCUCCUUCGUGGCCUUCGCCAUGAUGGGCCUGUUCCCCAACCCGGGCCAGGACGUCUACCUGAUCACGCCGCCGUUCUUUGAGCAUGUUAACAUCACGCACCCGCUGACCGGCCGGACGGCGACCGUGCGGAAUGUCAAUUUUGAUCCGGCGUACGAGGCUGUGUAUAUCCAGAGCGCCACGCUUGAUGGGGAGGCUUAUACGAGGAACUGGGUUGAUCACAGUUUCUUUACUGAGGGGAAGGAGCUUGUGCUGACGCUGGGGCGGAAUGAGAGCGCGUGGGGCACGAGGGUGGAGGAUCUGCCACCGAGCUUGGGGGAGUAUGAAGGGUUUGGGUCUGGGGGUAAUGGUUCGGUUAGGAGGACGGCGGGGACGGGUUUGUGGAAGAGGGGCCCCCCUGGGAGUCAAUUUGGAGGGUAGGGAUACGAUGUGUUGGGAAUGUGAGAGAUACAUGGGUGGAAUAGGUACUCUAAUGUUAAUGUUGGUGACGAGCUUGAACUAUUGGACGUGUCUCGCUCGCUCCUCAUACUCUCC